AUGGCGUCCUCCGCCCAAUCCUCGGCCGUUGCUUCCCGCCAUUUCCCGCGCUCUUCCUCCUCUAUUCGAAUCCCCAAACUACACCUCGCAAGCUCGACAAUACCCAGGAGCUCCUCUUGCCGGAGUUUCUCCCUCUCAGCCGGAAACUCGUCCGCCAGAGAGUUAUGGGGAGUGAUCAAUUCGAAGAGCAGUGUAGUUCAAAGAAGGGAAAUGCGAGGCGUUGUAAGGGCGGAGAUGUUUGGGCAGCUGACCAGUGGACUCGAAGCAGCUUGGAGCAAGCUUAAAGGAGAAGAGGUUUUGACCAAGGAAAACAUUGUGGAACCCAUGAGAGACAUUAGGAGAGCUCUUCUAGAAGCAGAUGUUAGCUUGCCUGUUGUUAGAAGAUUUGUUCAGGCCGUAAGUGAUCAAGCGGUUGGCACUGGGUUGAUCAGAGGAGUGAAACCAGAUCAACAACUAGUAAAGAUUGUGCAUGAUGAGCUAGUAAAACUAAUGGGAGGAGAAGUUUCUGAGCUCGUUUAUGCAAAAUCCAACCCGACUGUCAUUUUAUUGGCCGGGUUGCAAGGUGUUGGAAAGACAACUGUCAGUGCAAAACUAGCUCUAUAUCUCAAAAAGCAGGGGAAGAGUUGCAUGCUAGUUGCUGGGGAUGUCUACAGACCUGCUGCAAUUGACCAGUUGGUUAUUUUAGGUGACCAGCAGGUUGGCGUGCCUGUUUACACAGCAGGAACUGAUACUAAACCUGCAGAUAUAGCAAAGCAGGGGUUGCUAGAGGCCAAGAAAAAGAAUGUUGAUGUAGUCAUAAUGGACACUGCUGGAAGACUUCAGAUAGAUAAAGGAAUGAUGGAUGAACUGAAAGACGUCAAAAGAGCAUUAAAUCCCACAGAAGUUUUGCUUGUGGUGGAUGCAAUGACGGGCCAAGAAGCUGCUGCAUUGGUCACAACGUUCAAUGUGGAGAUAGGAAUUACUGGUGCCAUUUUAACAAAACUUGAUGGAGAUUCUAGAGGUGGUGCAGCAUUGAGUGUUAAAGAGGUGUCAGGGAAGCCAAUCAAGCUCGUCGGAAGAGGAGAGCGUAUGGAAGACCUUGAACCUUUCUAUCCAGACCGCAUGGCUGGACGUAUCUUAGGAAUGGGAGAUGUUUUGUCAUUUGUUGAGAAAGCUCAAGAAGUUAUGCGCCAAGAAGAUGCCGAAGAAUUGCAGAAAAAGAUCAUGAGUGCAAAAUUCGAUUUCAAUGACUUCUUGAAGCAAACACGUGCAAUGGCGCGGAUGGGCUCAAUGUCUCGUGUUAUUGGAAUGAUGCCAGGAAUGGGAAAGGUAACACCAGCACAAAUUCGGGAGGCAGAAAAGAGUUCGAAAUUGAUGGAGUCUAUGAUUGAAGCAAUGACACCAGAGGAAAGGGAAAAACCAGAAUUGUUGGCAGAAUCACCUGAGAGGAGAAAACGAGUCGCUAAAGAUUCCGGAAAAACCGAGCAACAGGUGGGUCAACUUGUUGCUCAGCUUUUCCAAAUGCGUGUGCGCAUGAAGAACCUGAUGGGUAUUAUGGAAGGCGGAUCACUUCCUGCGCUGAGCAAUCUUGAGGAGGCCAUCAAGGCAGAACAGAAGGCUCCCCCUGGGACAGCAAGGAGAAAGAGAAAAUCACCAUCAAGAAGGCAAUUUGUAGACUCAACGUCUAGGCCUGUUCCUCGUGGCUUUGGGGCCAAGGAUUAA